AUGAACUUGAUUCUGUUUAGGUAUUCAGAUAUCGUGGAUUCCGAGUCCACAUUAACGGUAGAUAUCAUUGAUAAAAACACAAUUAACCAUCUACUUAAUGUUUUAAAGGUACAUGUUGGUAAAUUAUUAAGAGUAGGAAUAUUAAACUCAACUCUAGACUACGGAGUUGUCGAAAGUAUCACCAAGUGGUCAAUUAAGCUGAAAUUGUCAGAAAACUUUAAACUAUAUCCACCUGUGAUAGAAAAGCCAGUAGUUGAUUUGGUAGUUGGAAUCCCGAGACCUAAAUCACUCGAUAAGCUACUCCAGCUUUCGAAAGAAAGCAUAAAUAAGUCACUUAUCCUGGGACUCCAGCAAGGUGUGUGUACACUCAUGCCUGAAGUGACCAUGUUCAUAAGCCUGGGAGACUAUGAAAGAGCCUGUAAACAAAAAGAUUAUGCUAUGAAGUUAAUUGCCCAUCCCGAUUCGGAACAAACACUUGGAUCUCUCAAUUUAAACACUCAUGUUAAAGGUCCAAUCCUCGUUGCAAUAGGUCCCGAGGGAGGAUGGCUGGAUCACGAAUUGGCAUAUUAUAAGAAGCUAGGAUUCGUUCAGUUUAAACUAACUGACCGGAUACUUAGAACCGAAGUUGCUGCAGUAGCAAUUCUGUCCCAAAUGUCCCUGUUGCUUAAUGAUCCGACCGUUAGAAACGGCCUUGAACCCGCCAAGAGAUGA